CCCCCGGCCCCUCCCUCCCUCAGCGGGCGGCCCCGCGGAGCUGCCGGCGCCCCCCGCUCCCCGCCGCAGCCAUGAGGCCGCGGGGCGGCCGCUGCCCGCCGCUGCUCGCCCGCCUGGCGCUGCUCGCCGCCCUGGCGGAGGCCGCGACCUUUUUGUCCCAGCGGUAUGCCUCCGAGUUCCUGGUGAGGAAACGUCGAGCAAAUUCUUUUAUGGAAGAGAGUAAGAAGGGAAAUUUAGAAAGAGAGUGUGUUGAAGAAUUAUGCAAUAAAGAAGAAGCAAGGGAAAUCUUUGAAAAUAAUCCUGAAACUGAGUAUUUUUAUCCCAAAUAUUUAAGCUGCCUUGCCUCCCAUCGAGCAGGGGUUUUCAGGGUUACUGCAGUUACUCCAGAUUCUCCAGCUGACCUGAGGGCUUGCGUCAAUGAAAUUUCAAACCAGUGUAGCCCUCUGCCAUGCCACAUAGAUGGAUAUAAGGAUUGCAUAGAUGGACAAGCCAAAUACACAUGUAUCUGUAAACCAGGAUGGCAAGGAGAGAAUUGUGAAGAAGAUAUAAAUGAAUGUGAAGACUUCAAUGGAGGUUGUAACCAACGCUGUUCUAAUUUACCUGGAAGCUACCGUUGUUUAUGUGAGGAUGGCUACUUCAUGCUUUCAAAUAAACGGGACUGCAAAGAUAUAAAUGAAUGUGCAUUACAUCCAAACAUCUGUGGGACAGCCAUCUGUAAGAAUACCCUGGGGAAAUAUGAAUGUGAGUGUGCGGAAGGCUACACUUAUAAUUCAACAUCCAAAAACUGUGAAGAUAUUGAUGAAUGCACUGAAGAUAUUUGUGCUCAACUUUGUGUAAACUCUCCAGGAAGUUAUAGCUGCUAUUGUGAUGGCAAGAAAGGGUUCAAGCUCUCUAAGGACAUGAAGAAUUGCGAGUCUAUUCCUCUGUGUAUCCCACUGAACCUAGAAAAGAAUAACGAACUGCUUUACCUGGCAGAACAGUUUACAGGGAUUCCUGUUGUGAACUUGAAGUUUAAAUUGCCAAAUGUCACCAGAUUUUCAGCAGAAUUUGAUUUCCGGACAUAUGACGCAGAGGGAGUUAUACUAUAUGCAGAAUCCCUUGACAACACAGCAUGGAUCUUGCUUGCUCUUCGUGAUGGAAAGAUUGAAAUUCAAUUCAGGAAUGAAUUUGGAACAAAAGUCACCAGUGGAGGAAAAGCCAUUAAUGAUGGCCUGUGGCAUAUAAUAUCAGUUGAAGAACUAGAGCACAGCAUCAGUGUAAAAAUAGCUAAAGAAGCAGUGAUGAACAUUAACAGCCCGGGAACGCUCUUCAAACAGUCACAUGGUUUCUUGGAAACUAAGGUGUACAUUGCAGGAUUACCUCGCAAAGUGGGCGACACUCUAAUUAAACAGAUUAACCCUCGCCUAGAUGGGUGCAUUCGUGCCUGGAACCUGAUGAAUCAAGGACACUCAGGUGUAAAAGAAGUUAUUCAAGAAAAACAAAGCAAACACUGUUUAGUAACAGUUGAGAGAGGAUCCUUCUACCCCGGCACUGGAAUGGCAAAGUUUCAAAUAAACUAUAAUAAUCUUGACAGUGCUGAAGAUUGGCUAGUAAAUGUGACUAUGACUAUUCGCCCAUCCACAGACACUGGUGUUUUGUUUGCCCUGGUUUCUAAUGAAACAGUGCCUCUUGCUUUGUCCAUAGUGGACUCUAACUCUUCUGACUCACAGGAAAUCAUUGUGACCAUUGGAAAUAUCACUGUUGCACAUCUGGAAUCAAAGAAGUUAUGUACACCCAGAAAAGUAUUGGUUGGACUUGUAGUAACCAAGCAGCAGCUCGAACUGUCUGUUGAUUCACGUACAGACCAAAGCAAUUCGGAGCAGCUGUCUAUCCUGCAUCAAGCGAUGAUGACAGAUGUUGUUACCUACUUGGGUGGCCUGCCAGAUGUUCCUCUGGGUGCAACGUUAGUAACUGCUUUUUAUAACGGCUGCAUGGAGGUGAAGGUCAACAGCAGACAGCUGGAUCUGGAUGAAGCCGAUUUUAAACACAAUUCCAUUAGAUCUCACUCGUGCCCACUGAUUAUGGAGUAGCCAUUCAAUUCUUAACUUUUUUUUCUUUCAGAUAUAAUUUGCAUAAUUAGUCUCAUGCCAUAAUGAAGCCUGUACUAUUUUGUUCAAGAUGUGCCAGGAAAAUAAUCAACGGCGUGUUUUUCAUCUCUUUUAUAUAGAAUUUGGGUGAAAAAAAUCUCCUCUCUUUUCAGCUGUAAAGAGACAUAAUCAAGAUCAAAAUUCCACAAAGCGUUCUUUUAUCCAUAUCAGUGAUAAAUCUUAAAGCCAGAAUUAUCUUCCAUGCUCAGAAUAUGCCCUUGAUAUAUUUAGUUUGGAGAGAGAAGUUUUACAUCCUAUUUACAUAUAUCAGCACAGAGUUACAAGUUGCAAAUUUUGGCAGACUAUCUGAAUCUAAACAAAGCCAUUCUCUUUAAACUUUUCCAAACGUAAUAUACAAAGAGAAAUCUCUACAGGUUUUGUAGUACGUGCUUUCAGUAAAGGGGAAGGUGCCCUGGAAUCCAGAGCCCAAGCUCUCUGUGGACAUGUUUACGUAUUGUACCAAUGCUGAUAAAGCAACUUCCAAACUGAAAUAUUUUUAAGUAGUUCAACUUUUGAAAAUAGCUCUUGUUAUAUUGUACCAACUUUAAUUCUUGUCUCAUAGGAACCCAGCUUUAGACCAUUAACAGAGUUCUGGAUCAGAUCAGGUAAUUUACUUCCAAAGUGGAUUAAAAUACAGCCAAGGCAAUUUUAGGAAACAGAAAAUUGCAUGAGGGAAGGAGCUCUGGUCUUCAUCACAGCAGAUCAAACUGGAAUUUGCUAAAUAAAGCUGAGAACUUGCAGCAAACUUUUAUUCCAUUUAUGACAAAUUUGGCACUCCUCAAUAGGAGCACCCUCUAAUGUUCCAUCAUAUUCCCUUUACUUAGGUUAACCUCAUAUUCACAGAGCCCCCAGAAGAGAUUUAUUUGCAAACCCUGUUGCAGUUAUUUCUGACUUACUUGAAAGCCUAAGUUUUGCUAGUAACAUCAGCACGUAAAGCCAUAUUCUGCUCAGCCAAGUUUAAAAGCACAAGUGAUUAGAAGAGUAUUUUUCUCCUCGGGUGUUCAUUUCAAGCAUUUCUAGUAUUUCUUUAUCAUUCUUAGAGCAUUCUUUCCACUUCCAACCUCAUUUUCACACAACCAGGAGCCUUCCUGUGCAGCUCACCUAGUGCUUUUGAUAACCCCCAAACAAAUAAAUAGCAAGAGAAUUGCUGUAAGCAAUGAAUAUAUACCCCCAUCCAUCAACCAGCGAGACACUAUCUGUCAGAAUUUUCAACCUGAGGUUUGCUUUCUUUGCUCGAGACAAUCAAGUAGAAAUGUAUGUACAGAAGGAUGGAUUGUGACAAUAGUCAUUUUGAGGAUUGCCUUUCUCCAGAGAUACUCCUAGUGACAUUAGCGAGGUUUCUUUCAUGGUUGAGUACUAACAUUAGUACAUCAGUACCGCAGAAUCUGAGGCCAUCUUUCAAUGUUAUUGCUGUGAGGUUAUUGCUAACUUCACUUCCCACUUGUGCCCUUUAAUAUAACACAGAGUUUGCUCUGACGUUCACAUCAGCCAGCAUCAGAAUGGUCUACAAGUCUGUCCAGCAUGGAUUUGUAUUUAGCUGCUUAUCAGCAGGAGUUCCACACAGCUGACACCCAGGGGCUAAUUGCCAACAAACUACUUCAGUUUUCUAGGAUGGCAUAACAAAAAAAAAACAA